GGUCCCGCCGACGCCUGCGCAAUGUAUCCUUACUGCCACCACUGCCUCCAGUCCCGAAUACAGUGAUGGCGGACGGCUCCGCCGCCGGCGCUGGCGGCAGCACAUCCUUAAGAGAGCUGCGGCCACGGCUGGUUGCUGCAGCACACCAGAUUGCAGAAAGGCAGAAACAAGUUGUGGUUAAUAGCAUUUCAUUCCAUUCCUCAAAUAUAAGAUCGACAUUUAAACCAGUAAUCGAUGGAUCUGUACUUAAAAAUGACGAAAAACAAAGAUUAGUAAGAGAGAGGCGGGAGGAGAAAAAAAGACAGCAAGAUGCUGAUAAGGAGACACAUCUACUUGAAAAAGAAAGAAAGACCAGCCUCCGACACAAGCAGCAGAUGGAAGAAAAGCAGAGAAAGCUCAGGGAGCGAAAAGAGAAAGGUGAAAGAAGGAGAAUAGCCGCAGAAGAAAAAAGACACCAGAAGGAUGAGGCAUUAAAGGAGAAAUUUGCAGCCAUUCUUCACCACACAUUGGAAAAGAGGAGACUUGCUAUUGAAUAUCAGCAAAAAAGAUUGUCAUUGGGAGGCUCUGCCAUGGCGAAUUCUGAGAACAAAACUGCCAAUAAACAAUUUUUAUCUGCUGGAAAACUUCAACAGGGAACUUCUUUUGCUCUUGUCAGACAAAUGCCUUCAACAUCUGUAGGCCUUGAAACUUCCAUUGCCAAAAAAAAAACCAACAAGGAGAAAAGCUUGUCUUUAAAUAGAAGAUAUACCAAGGCACAUUCAUCUGCUAAUACAGAACAAGUGGAAAAGAAGCCAGGCGUCCCCAAGUAUGUAAUGCAGUAUGUCACUAUGCCACUGCCUAAAUGUACUAGUGAUGAAUUGAGAGCUUUUAUGCUUCGCAUAUCGGCAGCGAAAAUACCUCCUCAAACUAAAGUAGAAGAAUUUCCCUCAGAAGAAGUAGAGACACCUCCCAAGACACCUCCCAAGAGUAUGGAUGCACCCUCCCCAUUGAAUGUGGAUAUAAUUUCCAACGGAAAUAUAGAGACAAUCCCCACAGAUAAAAUCUCUGAGGAGAGCAUAGACUUCUCCUCUGUGUUGAGUGUGGACCUGUCACCUCUCAUGAGCAUAUCUGAUUCAGACACAUCCUCCGAGUUGAGCAUAGAAGCAUCCUCGAAGGUGCACCUGGAAACAGUUCCCAAGAAAUCAGAAACGGACCAACAGGACUUAGACGCUGUUGCCAAGAAACAUGUAUCAUACAGUGAAUGUCAUACACAGUCGUUUUCUCCUGCGAAUGUUUGUGCUCCACCAUCUCCUGUCAGUUCUAAGAGUCAAAUCCAGAAGAACCAGCUUUCAUCACCUCUGCCAAAACAGUCAAAACAAUCAGCAGACCCUUCCCGUCCCUAUAAAAUGCCUCUUCAAGGUGCCCAAUCUAUGCAAAGUGAAUCAAGCACUGACAAAAAUAAGAAAGAGUCACAGUCUGAUAAUAAGAAUAAGCAUGACAGGGAGAUAAAAAAAAUUUUUGCCAAAUUACGUCACAUUGCUCGUCGAAUAGAAGCAAGACAGGAAGAAGAAAAACGACAGGCAGAAAUGCAGCAAAGGGAUCUUUGUGACACCUGUAUCUCAUCAGACUGGGUCAUCAAGAAAUCAACAGACGUGGAAAAGAAAGAAGCUGAGUUAUUGGAAGCAGAAGAGUUAUUGAAACCCGAAGAUGGGCAACAACAAAAGGAGACUGAAGAGAAGAAGGGAUGGCCGGAUCAGGAAGACCAGGAAGCACCACUUCAGGAAGGGGACACCAAAAUAGAAGCUCAAGGGGAAGCCGACAAACACAAGAAAGAAUACGACAGAAUUAUGUCACAAAAUUUAAAAGGACGCCGAGGAAAGAAAAAGAGAAUAGAAGUUAUGAAGCGGACGAGAAAAACAGAUGUGAAUGCCUCAAAGGUCACAACACCCUGCCAUGACACAUAUGAGGAGGCCAAGUCUACCAGUGAAGAAAGUGACACAGACUCAUUGAAUGAAAUGUUUCCAUCAGGCAAAGAUCCAUCUUCAAAAUUGAAAAUGUCAAUUAAAAAUAUAAAGAAGAUGCCGCCCAAGCUGGUAUUUCUACGAGACAGUGACAGCCAGGUCUAUAAAGAGCCAAAGGCAUAUUGUAAUAGUGAUUUAAAAACCUACAGACCAAAAAGCGCGAAAGACACUUCAACACAGUCAUUCAUUUCAAGACCAUCUACUAAAAGAAUGACCAGUCGUACAACAAAAACCAGAAACGCAGAUGAAACCAAUACCACCAACAGAUCCUCUCCACAAACAAAAUCUGGAUUCCAUGACAUGUUGCCAAAGUUUCCAGACACCUUUAGACGAUAAGAGAAGCAGCAAACCUGUUUAUUCUAUUCAGUUAUGUAAACUUUUCUCAGCCUGGAAGGUAAAUACAUCGUCCACUUAGAUAACUCAAC